AUGAUUCCCACUGCUGUUCUACCAUGGAUGCUUGUGGGCACCAUGGGCCAGUUUGCCCACGCUUUAACAUUUCCUUACACAAACUCUACCAUAUCCAGCUCUGAAAUUGAAUCUUCUUCUUUAGAAUCAUCCACAGACUAUUCAUCUUCCUCCUUCUUAGACAGCCUUACCAGCUCUGAUUUUGAAUCAAUCUCAUCCUCAUACUCAUCAAAUAUUCUAUCCAGUGAAACUGACUCCUCCUCAAUUUUCAGCACAUCUUUACUAAGCGACGAAUCAAGUCUCUCAGAGUCCCUUACAUCAGCACUUUUGUCAUCUUUGUCGUCCUCCUUCUCUGAAGACGAAUCAUUAUCUUCUUCUAUAGAAUCAACUUUAGCAAGCAUAAUAUCUUCUUCAUAUUCAUCAGAAGAAUCAACCUCCGAUUUAUCUUCCAAUUCAUCUUCCGAGUCUGUUUCCGUUUCCGUUUCCGAAUCUGAGUCUUCUGAAUCUGUUUCCGUUUCUGAAUCUUCUGAAUCCUCUGAAUCUUCUGAAUCCUCUGAAUCUUCUGAAUCUGUUUCCGUUUCUGAAUCUUCUGAAUCUUCUGAAUCUGUUUCCGUUUCUGAAUCUUCUGAAUAUUCUGAAUCUGUUUCCGUUUCCGAAUCUUCUGAAUCUUCUGAAUCUUCUGAAUCUGUUUUCGUUUCCGAAUCUUCUGAAUCUUCUGAAUCUUCUGAAUCUUCUGAAUCUUCUGAAUCUUCUGAAUCUUCUGAAUCUUCUGAAUCUUCUGAAUCUGUUUUCGUUUCCGAAUCUUCUGAAUCUUCUGAAUCUUCUGAAUCUUCUGAAUCUUCUGAAUCUUCUGAACUUUCAGAAUCCGAAUCCUCUGAGUCUUCUGAGUCUGUCUCCGUUUCCGAGUCUGAAUCUUCCGAGUCCUCUGAGUCUUUUUCUGUUUCCGUUUCUGAGUCUGAGUCCGAAUCCUCUGAGUCUGUUUCCGUUUCCGUUUCUGAGUCUGAAUCCUCUGAAUCCUCUGAAUCCUCUAAAUCCUCUGAAUCUGUUUCUGUUUCCCAGUCUGAGUCUUUUUCUGUUUCCAUUUUUGAAUCUGAGUCCUCAGAGUCCUCUGACUCUGUUUUGUCUGAGUCUUCAGAGUCUGUUUCCGUUUCUGAAUCAGAGUCGUCUGAGUCUUCAGAAUCGUUGUUUGAGUCUGAGUCUGAAUAUGUUUCUUCCAACUCUACUCUUUCUGAAUCCGAGAUUUCUUCUUCUAUUAGUACCGAGUACAACUCUACUCUUUCUGAAUCCGAGAUUUCUUCUUCUAUUAGUACCGAGUACAACUCUACUCUGUCUUCUGCUUCUGAGUCUGAAUUCUUUUCUGCAAUUGAAUCCGACUCUGUUGCCUCUAACUCUACUUUGACUGCGUCCGAGUCUACUUAUUACAAUGCGACUAUCACUUCUGGUUCAGAGUCUGCUUACUCUAACGGUACCAUCACUUCUGGUUCUGACUCCGCUGUCUCUAACUCUACUUUGACUGAGUCCGAGUCUGCUUACUCUAAUGCCACCAUCACUUCUGGUUCCGAGUCUGCUUAUUCUAAUGCCACCAUAACUUCUGGUUCUGAGUCUGCUUACUCUAAUGCCACAAUCACUUCUGGUUCCGAGUCUUCUUACUCUAACAAUACCAUCACUUCUGGUUUGGAAUCGACUUAUCCCAACGCCACCAUCACUUCUGGUGUUGAAUCUACAUACUCUAAUGGUACUCUUGUUUCAAUCACUGCUGGGUCUGAGUCCUUUUAUCCCAACAGUACUGUGUUUUCUGGAGCCUCUUCUGCAGUUGAGACUGGCUCCGUCAUUUCCGGCUCUAUUUAUGCCAAUGCCACCGUCACUUCUGGAAGCUCUUCUGGAUCUUCAAGCUCCAAUGCCACUGUUACUUCUGGUGCCUCUUCUGGCUCUCUUUACUCUAACGGUACGAUUGUUUCUGGAAGCUCUUCUGGUUCUUCAAACUCUAAUUCUACCAUUGUUUCUGGAAGCUCUUCUGGUUUUUCAAACUCUAAUUCUACCAUUGUUUCCAGUAGCUCUUCUGGCUCUUCAAGCUCUAAUGGCACUAUUGUUUCUGGAAGCCCUUCUGUUUCUUCCAGCCGUAAUAAUACCAUUGUUUCUGGCAGCUCUUUUCUCUCUUCAGGCCGUAAUUCUACUAGCAAUUCCAGCUCAUCCUCAGGCUCUCUCUCUGUUGGUAACAGCUACUACCCUAACGCAACUAUCACCACCGGUUCUUCUGUCUCUUCCGGUGUUGCUUCUCCUUCUUCGUCUUCCUCAGAUUCUGGUUUGCCAACCAAUACUGAUGAAUUCUUGCGAUUGAUUGAAGACGCCAUCCUUAGUCUUGUUUCUGGUGAUACUGCUACUGCUCUUGCAAAGCUUCUUGCUGCUAUUUUUGCUCUCUUCACUACUGCUCUUAGUACUGGAUUGGAUUCUCUUCUUGGUAAUCUUUUCGGUUCUGGAAGCAUUUCUAAGCGUUCUGUUGAUGUUUCCACUGCCAUUUCUAUUUUCACUGACUUUACCAAUGAUCUUGAAUCUUGGUUCUCUGAUGCUUCUUAUGCUGAGUUUUUGCAACACAUCAACCAGAUUCAAGAAUUUGUCUCUGCUUCAGAGGUCGAAUCUGCAGUUACCAGCGCUCUAGAUCCUGUCUUUUCUGCUGGCCAAACUAUUAUUGACAAUCUUUCCAAGGACAGUACUGAGUUUGCUUCUGUUACUUCUACUUUUGAAACUGCCGUUGGAACUUUUAUCUCAGACAUUUUAUCAGCUCUUUAUGGAAGCCUUGAGUCCAGUGUUGAUGUUUCUAGUUUGAGUGCCACUGCUACCGUUUACUCUACUGUUACUGACUACAGUACUACUACUCAAGUUUCUGGUGAUACCACCAGCACUGUCACUUUGCCUGUAUCUACCUAUACUAGAACCAUUCUGCUUGGGCCUCAUACCACCUACACUGUCACCAACACUCGUACCAGCACUCUCUAUUCUACAAUUACCAAGUAUGCUACUUCUACCAGAACUUCUGGCACUGUCACUGAAACCAUAACAGAACCUGUUUCAACAUAUACUGAGACUAUUGUCGUUGAACCUACAACUACAUAUACAAUCACCAAUACUCGUACUAGCACUCUUUACUCCACCAUCACCAAGUAUGCUACAUCCACCAAGACUUCUGGUACUGUCACUGAAACUAUUACUGAACCGGUAACAACAUACACUGAAACUAUUGUUGUUGAGCCUACUACCACCUACACCAUUACCAAUACUCGUACCAGUACUCUUUACUCGACAAUCACCAAGUAUGCCACAUCUACUAAAACUUCUGGAACAGUCACUGAAACAGUCACUCUGCCUGUGACCACUUACACUGAGGCUAUUGUCAUUGAACCUACUACUACUUAUACCAUCACUGACACUCGUACCAGAACUCUUUACUCGACAAUCACCAAGUAUGGUACUUCUACCAAGACUUCUGGUACUAUCACUGAGACUAUCACAGAGCCUCUGACCACCUACACUGAGACUAUUAUUGUUGAGCCUACAACUACUUAUACCAUCACCAAUACUCGUACCAGUACUCUUUACUCGACCAUCACUAAGUAUGCUACUUCGACCAGGACCUCUGGAACUGUUACUGAAACCAUUACGGAACCAGUCACUACAUAUACUGAGACCAUCAUCUGCGAGCCUACCACCACUUAUACUAUUACUGAUACUCGCACCAGCACUCUCUACUCUACCAUUACCAAGUAUGCUACUUCUACCAAGACCUCUGGAACUGUUACAGAAACCAUCACGGAGCCUGUGACCACCUACACUGAGACCAUUGUGUGUGAGCCUACUACUACUUAUACCAUCACCAAUACUCGCACAAGUACUCUUUACUCGACCAUCACCAAGUAUGCUACUUCGACUAGAACUUCUGGAACUGCCACUGAAACAGUCACUCUACCAGUUUCUACCUACACUGAGACCAUUGUGUGUGAGCCUACCACUACUUAUACCAUUACUGCCACUCCUACCAGUACUCUCUAUUCCACCAUCACUUUGUAUGCCACCUCGACUAGAGUUACAGGCACAGUCACCGAGACUUUCACUGAGCCUGUUUCUACUUAUACCGAAACAAUCAUUUGCGAGCCUUCUAGUACUUAUACUGUUGUUGGCAGCGAGACUAUUGAGGCUACUGAAACAGUCACGGAGUCUUGUAGUCUGUGCAAGACCCAUACUACCACUGAGACUGGCUUGACUACUUACACCACGGUUUCUGGCACUGAGACAAUUACCGUCACCGAGCCAUGCCCUACCACGUAUACUGUUGUUGAGACUCCGGUUUCUACUUCUGGAGACAGUACAGUUUACGAAGUAAUUACUAUUUCUACCACAGUUCCUGGAUCCGUAGUAAUUGUCACUGAGUCAUGCAGUCUUUGCAAGACCCAUGUUACUACCGAGACUGGCUUGACCACUUAUACUACCACUUCUGGCGAAGAGACUGUUACAGUCACCGAGCCCUGUCCUACCACUUAUACUGUUGUUGAGACUCCUGUUUCUACUUCUGGAGACAGUACAGUUUACGAAGUAAUCACCAUUUCUACCACAGUUCCUGGAUCCGUGGUCACCGUCACUGAGUCAUGCAGUCUUUGCAAGACUCACGUCACUACCGAGACUGGCUUGACCACUUAUACAACCACUUCUGGCGAAGAGACUGUCACAGUCACCGAGCCCUGCCCUACCACGUACACUGUUGUUGAGACACCUGUCACCUCCGGCACUGUUGUGACAUACUCAACCAGCACCGUUUCCACAUACUCACCUAUUAUUGUCACUGUCACGCCUACAACUGCUGUUCCUCUGGUCACCACUGUUACCGAAUCCUGCAGUGUUUGCAAGACUCAUACUUCUGUUGAGACUGGCAUCACUACCUUCACUACCACUUCUGGAGAGCAAACUGUGACUGUCACAGAGCCCUGCGAGACCACUCACACUGUUGUUGAGACUCCGGUCACUUCAGGUACUGUGGUCACAUUCUCUACAGUCACCAGUACACCUGUUAUCGUGACUACCAUCACUCCUAGUUCCAUUUCUCCAGUCAUUUCUACCAUCACUCCUUCUAUUGUCACAGUCACUGAGAGUUGCAGUCUUUGCAAGACUCACACUACUGUUGAGACUGGAGUUACUACAUUUACCACCACAUCUGGCGAGGAAACUGUCACAGUUACUGAGCCCUGUCCUACAACUUAUACUGUUGUUGAGACUCCAGUCACUUCCUCGGGUUCUGUUGUCACCUUUUCCACUUUUACUGUUUCUUCUACUACCCCAAUAGAAACAAUUGUCACCGUUUCUAGCAGCUCCAGUGUUCCUGUCGAGUCAGCUACUACGGUGACAGUAGAGUGCACUGAGUGCAAGACCCAUACUUCUGUUGAGACUGGCCUGACCACCUACACAGCAACGUCGAGUGACCAGAUUGUAACAGUUACUGAGCCCUGCCCCACCACAUAUACUGUGGUGGAGACUCCUGUUACUUCUGGCUCCGUUGUCACGUACUCCACAGUUUCCUCUACAACUCCUGUCGUCACAGUUCCAGCUUCUUCUUCUUCUUCUUCUUCUGCUCCUGCCACUUCCCCAGUUGAGUCUGCUACCACUGUUACCGAGGUUUGCACUGAAUGCAAGACCCAGACUUCAGUUGAGACCGGUGUCACCAUUUAUACUGCCACCUCUAGUGAUCAGAUUGUGACUGUGACUGAGCCCUGCCCCACCACCCAUACAUUUGUCGAGACACCCGUGACCUCUGGGACCAUUGUGACAUAUUCCAUGGUUCCAGUACCUUCUUCUUCUUCUUCUUCUUCUUCUUCUUCUUCCAGCGUGCCGGCCACAUUGGUUCCUUCUUCUUCUAGCGUGCCGGUCACGUCAAUUCCAGGAACAACUCUCACACUCUCCACAUCUUGGCCAACUACUACCAAGUCUGUGGAGACUUCAGUUGUUCAAAUUCCAAGCGCACCCACCACCACAGGUCUGACACAGGUCAAUGCUGGUUCCAGCGUUUCUGUGCAAACCCUGAUACUGGGCGUCGCCUUUAUGAUUCCAUUCCUGGUAUAA